ACCUAAUGUUUUUGUAAGUGCCUUUGACCUUAUACUUGCACAAUGGCACCAAUGCUCAAAUAAAUUAUACUUGGUCGAUGUCUUUGGUUCAAUUUUCUCAAGUCCUGCUUAAAGCAAAACCCCACUGUUCUAAUCAAUUUUGCGGAUUCUUUCUAUGAAAACGAGUUGCAGAUUCGAGAAUUUUAUAAUCUAUGAAUUUUCAGGUGCACAUGAAAAAAGGAGAGAAAGCGGGGAGUAAAGGAAUAGUAAUAGACUGGGACAAGUUAAUCAACGACGACGACGACCGUCCGGUUGAGCUAGUGGUUACCUCGACCUUACGACGGCUGCCAGCAGAAGAGCAUCAAUCGAUCAGCAUGGAUGGAGAAGAGGGACUUUCGAACUUAUCAAAUACAGAAUUGACCGACAAAAUUGCUAGGCUAAAAAAGUCUCUUUCUGGCAGCAUUGGUGCUAGGUUACCCGAUGGAGGUGAAAAACUAAGGGCAAAUAUCCAACUGCACGAGGAUGAAUUAGAAUUGAGGAAACGCGUCGCUUCCGAUAAGGAAGUUGAUGGGUGCAUGAAGCACAACUUUUGUUCUGUUGGUAAGGAGAGCCUGAAAGUUGGAUGCAACAUCAUCAGUGCACCUGAUAACUUCGAGCCACAUGCUUCACCAUCUGUGUCCUCUUCACAGUCCACCUUUGCUGUUUGUUUUUUGAACAAGUUGGAAGCAAACCAGGCAGAGUCUAAGCCAGCCAAUGCUUUCCAAGAAGAAAUAUACGUUCUGAAUCCCUGUGACUGCAAAAGGACAUUAAGCAACCAGUUUUCACAAAGAAAAAGACACGAGCGAGAGUUUUUGUCACGUCAAGCACCUUAUAAGUCUCCUGUAGACAAAGAUGAACUAGUUUUAAAUGUUGAUCUGAAAGGAAGGGAUUGUUCUACUCUUUCUGAAGCAAAAAUUGCCAGCUGUUUCUCGAAGAAGUCUGAAGCCUCUCAAGCCCAAUCUUCAUAUACUCGACGGCAUGCAAAUGGAGAGGCUGUUGUUCUUGUGGAUGAGGAGGAACCUGAUGCAAUUAAAGCAACAGAGCGAGUGGACCAAACGGUUGAACGAAAGGAAACCAAGAUAUACUAUCCUUCACGGGUUGAUCCCGAAUCAGUUGAAAUUUGUUGUUCAGACAUGGAAUCUCUUGCACCUGAAGCAUAUUUGUCAUCGACUAUAAUGAAUUUCUACAUCCGGUAUCUCCAGAAGACGAAACCUCAUGCAGAUGUAGAUGAGUAUCACUUUUUCAAUACAUACUUUUACCAGAAGCUCAAAGAGGCUGUACUGAGCAAGCAAAAUGAAAAGGAAGCUUUAUUUGUCAGACUACGAAGGUGGUGGAAAGGAGUGAAUAUAUUUGAGAAAGCCUAUAUAUUUCUUCCCAUACAUGAAGAUCUUCAUUGGAGCUUGAUUAUAAUUUGCGUACCAGAUAAAGAAGACCAAGACCAACUGGGGCCAGUUUUACUUCACUUGGAUUCAUUAAGGCUCCACUGCAGCAAGACCCUUUUUGCUACCAUAAGAAAAUUUUUGGUACAAGAAUGGAAAUUCUUAAGACAAGGAGAAGUCCCACCUCUUCCUAUUUCAGACAAACUAUGGGAAAAUCUUCCACGAAGAAUUGAUGAAAACAUCAUUCCGGUCCCACAACAAAGAAAUGAGUAUGACUGCGGUCUAUUUGUUCUUUUCUUUAUGGAGCGUUUCAUUGAAGAAGUCCAUGGAAGGCUUAAAAGAAAGGAUUUCAUGAUGUUUGGACGAAGGUGGUUCAAACCUGAAGAAGCCUCUUGUUUGAGGAUGAAAAUCCACAGAAUACUGAAGGAAGAAUUCAAGAAUGCAAGUUAGGAAUGAUUGAUAUUCUUUUGGGAUCACUACUGAGCACAACUGCUGCUGCUUAAAGAAAUCCACUAACAGGUUUUUGGCAUAAACAAGGAAUUGCUAAUAACCAAACCUCAUGACAUGCCAGCCUUGUAUAGCUGCAAAGUUGGAUAAUGUCGUCACACAUCCUUAUUCAUUAGAGAUUAUGGAACUGCUCUCUGUAAUGCAAGGUUUCUCACCCAAAUUUGAACGUCUACCAUAAACAGGCAGAAGAUUUAGAAGAACUAAUAUUGGCCAUCCAAUAGGAGAAAUACACUAGACUUUUGUACAGAAAUCAUAAUUCAACAUCCAUCAAGGGGAAAAAAAGGUGAAGGUUUGGGUGAAUUGAUAUUGACCAUCUGCUGAAGUGAUUAGCCCCUAAAACCAGUAGCUACAACAAUGUAUAUUACAGAGAUAUCUCUGUGGAUCCCUAAUCUCCCCCUCACCCCCGCUAUUUGUGGCAGUUUUCCUUCUACUAAAAACAGUAUCACAUGGCUCAUGUAAAUUUUGCAUUGAAGCGAACAAAAUAAGUAAUGUGAAAGCUUCAGCUAAAUGAAGCAACAGCUUCUUCA